GUUCCUCUGUGGGAAUAGUGCACAGGCUCAUGGGAACACAACGUGGAGUAUUUAGAGACCACAAUUCGUGUAAAGUUUUCAUUCUACUCUAACAUGUGAGACAAAGCAUUAUGAUAGAAAAACAAAGUACAGUAAAAUAAGUUGUAUAGAUUUCUAUUCAUCAACAUAUUGGGAGAGCACAGAGUUUUGUAUAUCUCUUCACAGCAGCUUGACAUCACCAUUUUACAAAGAGGCCAUUUAAAAAGGAAUUAUUUAUCUAAUACUGUCAAAUGCAUUGUACUGUAGUAUAGCUUACUGUAUUGGAUUGAUCAGCAUGAAGAAUCUUUCUGCUCAAAAUAUUUUAUUCACAGACUUCAAACUGAAUGGUUUCUACAGUCUAGGGGAAUGGAGGCCUUUUUUAUUUAUCCCCUUCUUUCUGAUGUUUUUAUUGUCCAUCACUGCAAAUUCUAUUCUCGUAUAUUUAAUCAUAUGUCAAAAGUCUCUGCAUUCUCCCAUGUAUGUACUAAUAGGUUUAAUGGCUGUUGUAGACUUAAUCUUACCUAUAUUUUUUGUACCCAACAUGCUUGUAAGCUUUUUAUUCAACUGGGGUGGGAUAUCCCUAGUUGGUUGUUUGAUACAAAUGUUUUGCAUUCAUUAUGUUGGAGCAUUUCAGUCUACUUUACUUUUGUGGAUGGCACUGGAUCGUUACUUUGCAAUAUGUAAACCUCUUUACUAUCAGAAAUACAUGGAAAUCCCUAACUUUCUAAAGUUUGUUGUUGUCCCACUAAUCAGAAAUGGACUCCUGAAUAUCAGCAUGGUUUCACUGGCUGGAAAACUAACAUUCUGUGCAACAAAUGUUAUUGAUCACUGUUUUUGUGAACACAUGGCAUUGGUUCAAUUAGCAUGUGGAGAUAUAUCUGUUAAUAACUUAGUAGGACUUUUGACUGCUUUCCUGAUACCAACUGCUGAUUUUAUUCUUAUUACUGGUUCCUAUGUUGUGAUUUUUGCCUCUGUGUUUAGAUCUGGUAAGGCCCAAAUGAAGGCCAUAAACACUUGCAUUACUCACAUCAUUGUCAUGACAAGUAGUUUGAUUUUUGCCUUAAUUGCAUUCAUGUCAUACAGAAUAAGAAAUAAUUUUUCUACUAACAGUCGUGUGUUUGUGAGCACAAUGUACUUACUUUUCCCAAGUUGUUUUAACCCAAUUGUUUAUGGAGUGAGAACAAAGGAAAUAAGACAAAAGUUUCUUCAGUUUAUAAGUGAAGUAAAGAUCUUUCCUUUGUAAACAAAUCCAUUUUAUAUAUGAUCAACAAUAAUAUGCUGAAACUGUAACUGUAACAUUUAAGUAAGGAUUUAUUAUUUUGUUAAAGUUUUAGAUUAAAAUAAUGGCUAUUGUUGUGAUUUGUACAAGCCUACAUUUCACUCAGAUGGGCAUAUUUUUAACAUAUUUUAGAUGCCAUAACUACACAAAAUAACAUCUAAAUAAGGAAGUGUGGUUGCAGUGACAAUGAAAAAGAAUAACACUAACAAGGUCUUUAAUCCACAAAGAAAUACACUGAAGAACACUGAGAAACUAUAACACAACCAUGCAUAUAGAUAGGAACUGACAAAUAAAUUCAGGCUAUAAAGUGAGAUACCAGCCAAACCAAAUGAUGAACACAUGAACAGAAUCAAACAAUGAAUAACCAUGGUAACAGAACAGAACAAACAGAACCAAAUGACCCUUUGCCAAGAGCUUAACUUUCAGGCAAUCUGACCAAUCAUAAUGCUGAAUCCGCCAUCUUGUCUGACAAACAAAGCGGACAGGAGUAUAGUUUAUCUUUGAUGGACUUAAACUUGAAAAAUGGUGUGUAUUGACAUCUUUCCAUGGUUGAAAUAAAAUACAUUCUGGUGUUUAUUCAUGUUUAUGUUGUGCUUUAAGUAAAUAUGAAAAGAUUGUGCAAUCAUCAGUGCAUACAGGCAAUACAGUGAUCUGUCAUGACAUACAUUAAAGAGCUACAAACAGUAUUAAUUAUUUUAAUUUGAUUUUUAUUUAUUUUAAUUAUUUUUUUAAUAAAAAAUUUAAUUUGAAAGCUGAGACAUUGUUUCACACCAGAAGUAACAAGAAGCAUGUUUCAGCCAAGUUUCAGCUAUAGAAGCAUGCAACAUCCAGUAGAUGACACUUGCACUCUUUCAUUGGCUAUUGCGGGUAUCAUGUGAGAGGCAGCCCAAUCAAAAGUUGAUAUUUAUGAUUUGAGUUAAGGGAUGGUCCGCCUCGAUCAGGAGCAGUUAAAUAAUCAUAAUAGGCUUGUUCAACUUAAUGCAACACCACAA